AUAAAAAUGAAUCGUCGAAUGUGUUGCUAAGCGCAAAUCUCGAGAUCAGCUGAAUCGAUUUCUAGGCGAUGUCGUGGCGGGGGCGCGAAGACCGUGGCACGAGAUGGGAGUCCGAAGACAGGUGGGAAAAUCGUGCACGCUCGCCCGUGUGGGAACCGCGUCGCAGCGACUCGCGCGACAGUCCGAGGCGGUCCCCUGACCGGCACCGCCACACCAGAGACGAUCGCCGCGAGCGGUACGAGCGCGAUUACCGCCGGCACGAAAGGCGCGACCGUGACCGCGACCGCGAUCGCAAACGUUCUCCCAAACGUUACGAUGAUAACGUACCCUACGCCCCUUCCACUCCCAGCAUUAGCAAUAAGAGUUCGCGCUCCAGUAGUCGCUCGGACAGCCGAGACAAAGACCGUCAUGACGAUUACGACAAAGACAAGUACGGUCAGGACGAUCAGUCGUUGAAUGCCUCUCCAGGUGACUGGAUUUGCAAAUGUGGUUCGUACAACUUUAAACGCCGUCAGGUAUGCUAUCGCCGAACUUGCAAUGGCAAGCGGUCUGAGGGAGUGAUUUACGGCGGAGACGGAGACAAGAGUAACCUGAGCGAGAACGCCGGGAUAACAAAGCGGCUGCUAUUCCGCCGUCUGGAUGCUUUAACUACUGAAGAGAAGAUCUUGGAAGCCAUAAAAGAACGCUGUUCUAAAUCUGUGUUAGAUUCUAUUGCUGGCAUCACUAUUGGUAGAGAAACUUUGACCGGAGCGUCCAAAUGUUUAGCUUAUAUUAAUUUUAACUCCAUAGCUGACUCUACCGCAGCUCAUUCUGAGUUUGUUCACUUGCAACCUCCCCUGCAGAUUGAUGGCGAAGUUCUGGUCAGUUAUUAUAAUGAACCUAAAAAAAUUCCAAAACCCACUAAUUUAGAUUAUUCUUCUUAUUACUCCCAAAUGUCCAAUUAUUCAACAUCUCAGGCUAUGUCUGAAGCGGACAGGGUGAAUGCAGCUGCUGCUGUGGCCCAGUCUGCCAUUUCCGCUGCACAGGCUAGACAUUUGGCAUGGACUCCAGUCCCAGCCUCUUUUGUAGCUUCUACUACUCAAAGCAAUCCUGCAAUUAAAGCACCCACUGGUGAUGGCAAGACCAAGUAUACAGCACCUGAUGUACGUACAUUUAUGUAUGAUGAAACAUCUGGCUAUUACUAUGAUCCUGCCACAGGUCUUUAUUAUGAUGGCAACACACAGUAUUUCUACAACAGCCAAACUAACCAGUACAUGUAUUGGGACGGUACCACAUCAACUUACGUAGCAGCUUCCCAAUCCCAGCAAAUGGACUCCAAGCCGGCUGCUUCCACAGAACCACCCAAAGAGCCUGAAGAAAAGAAAAAGAAGGACAAAGAAGACAAAGUGAAAGUUGCUAAAAAGAUUGCAAAAGACAUGGAGAGGUGGGCGCGGACAUUAAACCAAAAGAAGGAAAAUGCCCGUAGUAAUAUAGUGAUGGAGCAACCACUAGACACCGGCUCCAGUAAAGGUUCAGCAGACAUUGGCUUCUCUGUAUUGGGCGGGCCGUCCAUCACACACGUUAGGGAAAUAUCACCUUCACCAGCUGCUCCUGAUGAAUUCCUGGUUAAAAAAGUCACUGAGCCAAUUGAUGACAAUGAUGAUGGGAUUAUAGACUGGUCUAAACUCACUUGUCUAUUGUGCAAGAGAAGAUUCCCAUCUGCAGAUGUGCUCACCAAACACAAGACAUUCUCUGAACUUCACAAACAAAACCUAGCUGAACAUAGAAAGAUAAAUGAAUUAUUACCACAAUCAAAUGGUUACCGAGAUAGAGCUGCUGAGCGAAGGAUGAAAUUUGGUGAAGAUGACUCAAUAAUUAGAAAACGUUAUGAGCCUCCUGAAGUAACUACACCAGUAUCUGCACACCCUCCUCCAUCUGUGGUAGACACUAUUGGGGGUAAAAUGCUCCAGAAAAUGGGGUGGUCUGAGGGAAGAGGACUAGGUAAGACUGAACAAGGGAGAAUAGCUCCUAUAGAAGCAGAACAGAGACUUGGACUGGCCGGUCUGGGACAGAAAAGAGGCAUCUACACACCCACUCCAGGAGAGACAUACCGAGACACAGUGAAAAAGCUGAUGAUUGCAAGAUAUAAGGAAGUUGUCGGCCAAGAGGAAGGGCAAUAGGUGGGUUACUUUUAUUAUAUUAGUACUGAUUCUUUAUUUUUGCAGGUGUGGAUUUGCAGGUCAGUGUUAAUAUUGCCAACCUGGUGACUUUUGGUUUGGGUUUUUGUAUCUUCAUUUCUCUUGUCGUCUUAAGAAUAACAAGUUAUAAAAGUUGUCAGGAAUUGUCUGAUUCUUAUUUUUCUUUAUUUGGUAUAUCAAUAUUUAACAAACAAAUAAAUGAAAGGCUGUUUCUCAAUUAUUCUGUAUUUCAUCAAACACAAUUUAUUUAUAAAACUGAAUAUACCUUGAAGAAAAUGUGCAUAUGAUAUUUUGACAUUCAUGGCGGGUAAAAGGUACACUGGUCAACAAAUAUGAUGUCUAAUUGUUUGAUUCUGCCCCACAACACUAGAUGACGCCGCGACAGUGCCCACUGUGACGAACACCAAUCAGUGCUUACGGCCCGAUAUCAUGGUGAGUAUAAUUUGUAUGCUUACACUAUAUACUGAUAUCUAAUCCUAUUUUUCCCUACAGGUGAUAAAUAUCACGAAUUUUUCGAUUGGCUUCGACAUUUUUUAUGUGUUUCUCUUACAGCUUUACAAAUUAAAUUUAAAAUUUGGUAUUUUUAGUGAAAAAUGUAUAAAUGAAUAAAAACAAAAUUCUAGAAUUUUGGGGUCUUGGAUAUGAAUACUGACUUUAGUCUUUAUUCUGACGUGAUUUAGGUCUAUUAUAGGUUAAAAGUGUGUAAUUAUCAGUAUAAUUGUGCUAAAAUGUCUAGCUACACUAGGGUAUAUUAUGCAAAUCUGCCCGAAGCCAAAGAAGCAAUGCCAGCGGACAAUAAGACUGCACCGUUAUUGUGAUAAACUGUGAUAUUUUAGUGAAUGUGAAGAAAAGGCGAAUUGUUUGUGUGACAACUGACCAACACUGAUGAGUAUGACCAUUUAUAUUACAGAGCCUACGUCGAGACGCCCGGAUCCGCGUGCCAAACAAUUGUUACAAACUUCUUUGUAUAUUAAUAGUGUAAGAUUUUGAACAAAAAUAAAACAGUCGAAAUCGUUUAAUACGGACAACAAAAAUACCUGUUGUAAAAAUGGUUUUCCCCAGUGACGAAAGUUUUUUUAAUCCAUUAUUGUGUCAAACUUUUACCAUUUAUGUGACUAAAAUAAUUCAACAUACAUUAUGUUAUAGUUAUGUCCGUUUGCAUUCCUAUCUGAAUUAAUUUUACCUCUACAAAUGUUUCAAUAAGUUGUAUGUAACACUUAUACAUUGAAUAUGGGUUGAUAAAUUACCGUUCAUCUAAAAAUAUUUACCUUUUAUAGUUUUUCUUGAAGCAAUAUUUGAAACAUUUGCUUGUGGUACAAAAUUUGUAUGUCCAAAUCCUAGUUUUAUGUUUAUGAAAAUUUAUUAACAACAAAUAAGACAACAUUUAUGUAGUUUUUGCAAAUUUUGUUAUAACGAUUUCGACUGUACACUGUCACACCAAAACCCGAUAGUAGUUAAGCCAGUUCAGUACUUACACAAAUAAUGUUCCUAGUUGAACGGCAUUACUGUUCAGGUUGCGUAUAUACAAACAAUAUUACACAGAUAUUGUACUGCAAUCUUCAUCAAACAGUCGUACGAAAUAUGUUUUGAGUGAGCGCAUUAAAAUACAUCAUUUAUAGAUAUAGUUAGUAUUGUCUAUUUAAGAGAACCUUUGUUACAAUUAUGUUCGUGCACAUUUCCCUUUCAGAGUCGCGUUGAUCCGGAUCAAUAUUUACAAUUAUCACCCAACAUGUAGCCCAAUAUCACCCAAUAUCUGCCAAUGUCACUAAAUAUAUAUCUCCCAAUUUUAUCCAAUAUCACAAUAUCUCCCAAUUUUACCCAAUUUUAUCCAAUAUCUCCCAAUUUCACCCAAUAUCGCCCAAUUUCACCCAAUAUCUCCCAAUUUCACCCAAUAUACCCCAAUUUCACCCAAUAUCUCCCAAUUUCACCCAAUGUCACUUUGUAUCCUAUAUUGUAAUUAGAAAUCCUCAAGUUGUUGGGUUACGAUAGAACAGCUCUACAAUGAGCCAGCUAGCGUCAGAAAUAAUUCAAGCAAUCAAAAAUAUAUAACGGGAUUGUAUAUACGCAUCCAGAAUAGUAACAUGUGCAAGUAACUUGAAAAGGACUAGCACAAUCUUGAAAUAACUGAUUAUAUUUAAUUAAUUAAAUUAAUGUAUAUAUUUGAAGACUUCUUGGAACUUAUUAAUAGUAUUUUAAUUGAAAUGGAAUUGAGAACAUUUCUCAAAAUUUUAUAACAUAAGUCAUUACUUGAGGAGCCUUAUUUAAUUUUUACUAAUAUACUUACCCCAGAAGUUCUUCAUACAAACAUUUAAUUUUCAUAAAUAUAUUUUUUAUAGUAGAUGUAAAGUAGAUAAAUGUAUUUACUAUCUUAUUGUUAAAGUGGCAAUGGGAGUAAAAAGAAAAUAUGGUGUCCGAGGUAGAUGGGGAUAAAAUAAAUAAAUAAACAUUGAGAUUACACAGAUAGUAUAUUAUUUGUAAUAUAUGCCAGUUCUGGCAAUGGAAAAGUAUUAUGGUAGCCGUUUAUCUGUGUGAUUAUAAUUAAAUGGAUAAAUUUAUCUUUUUUACUCCUUA